AUGAAUCGAACAUUUUAUCUCAUCGAAUUUGAAAGACAAAUGGCGCAAAAAUUAUCCACUGAACAAAAAUCAACAGAAUACCUGCUUUUUUGUAUCAAAACUAUUAUUCGUCACUUUGUUGUGAUCGUAGCCAGUGUGGUCAUAUUGGCCGUGGACAACGAUGGAAACAUGUUUGCCGCCAGCGCUCUCAGAGGACUACGGUUUUUUCAAAUUCUCCGAAUGAUCAGGAUGGACCGCCGGGGAGGGUCGUUCAAACUUUUGGCCUCCGUGGUCUGGGCCCACCGACAAGAACUAUUCACUACCGUGUACAUUGGAUUCCUGUGCCUCAUUUUUACAUCCUUUCUUAUCUACUUGGUGGAAAAGAACAAAAACGAAAAGAUUCAAAGUUACGCUGAUGCGCUGUGGUGGGGUGUGAUCACUUUGUGCACCGUUGGUUACGGAGACAGUGUGCCCGAGUCUGGAUUAGGCAAAAUCAUCACAGGAUGCUCGUGUUUCGUGGUGAUCUCGUUUUUCGCCCUACCACCGGUGAGCAACGUAGCUCCGAUAUUUUGGACAACUGAAGAGGCAGUGCUUCAUAAACGAUGGCGGCAACAGAACCGAAGCACUGUUGAAGUGAGUAUAUUGCGCGCUUACUUUCAAAUUGCGCUUACUGUUCCCGGAGCACAGACGAGCUGA